AUGCGGUGCCCACUGAUAUGCAACUGGGCUGUUGAGUUUCAUUUGCCACAUCACGUGUCUCAUCAGUUUGGUCUGUUCCAGCCUCACCCGCUGGAAUGGGUGGAUACGGACAAAGCACUUCAUAGGUUAGACAGGAGAAGGCAGCGGAAGAUAAAGGACUGGGACAAGCAUCAUGCUUCGUAUGCUACCCGCUUCCAGCUUUGUAUAUGCCCGCCGGCAUAUAAUGAGGAUAUUCUUGAAGAACCCGUAAACUUUGAGGAUCUAUCAAAGGGGAAGUACAACAGAGAUGUCAGGGUAGGGCACGGAGUCCCUGCUGUUCCGGUGAUUAACUAUGUGCGCACCGAGAUCAAGAAAGCAGCUGAUGAGAGCCAGUCUAUUCUGGAGGAAACACCAGUUGGAAAAGGCAAUGAUGAUGGUCCACUACGAGCAUUCCUCAAGUUACAGCGUCAGGCCAGGAAGUUAAGGCGGUUAUCGAAUCUUCUCGGUUGCCGUGAUCCCGAAAUUGAUGAACCAUCUGCCUCUAGGUCUGGUACACCAUCAGACCCCUCAUCUCACCAUCAGAGGGACGAUGUGAGUUCCUCAUAUGCUUAUCAGGAUGAUGAGGGUGCGGUCACCCAAGAGGGCGAUGAGCUUGAUGAUGACAUGACGUUGGUGGACGCUCAACUUCGGUCCCCAUAUGUGUUCAAGCCUAGGCAGCCCAGACGCCGGUACACGCCAAUGACUUUGACAACAGAGUUGAAUUGUUCAGUAUUUGUAUUUGCCAAAAUGGAAUCUGUUUCUGCAGUUUGGCAGUUAACAGCACUGCAGCGCCUGACAGUCAGGCGCUGCACUGUACUAUGCAGCGCCCAAAGCCUAGGCGCUGCACCUCACAGUGCAGCGCCCGUCCCAUAG